AUGGACGAGAGACCCGAGACAGAGCUAAUAUCAAUACCAGCGACGCCGCGAGUCUCCACACCGGAGAUUCUUACUCCCUCCGGUCAAAGAUCGCCUCGUCCCGCCACUAAAUCUUCGUCGGCGGCAUGGACUCCGACUUCUUUCAUAUCACCGAGAUUCUUGAGUCCUAUUGGUACACCUAUGAAACGAGUUCUUGUCAACAUGAAAGGGUAUCUCGAGGAAGUGGGUCAUCUCACUAAACUCAACCCACAAGACGCUUGGCUUCCUAUAACUGAGUCGCGCAACGGGAACGCUCAUUACGCCGCGUUUCAUAACCUAAACGCUGGUGUUGGGUUCCAAGCCCUCGUUCUGCCCGUCGCGUUCGCGUUUCUUGGCUGGAGUUGGGGAAUACUAUCAUUGACAAUAGCCUAUAUUUGGCAACUCUACACACUAUGGAUUCUAGUUCAGUUACACGAAGCAGUCCCAGGGAAGCGUUACAAUCGAUAUGUCGAGCUUGCACAAGCUGCAUUUGGAGAAAGAUUAGGAGUUUGGCUUGCACUGUUUCCUACGGUUUACCUAUCAGCAGGAACCGCGACGGCACUGAUUCUGAUUGGUGGAGAGACGAUGAAACUCUUCUUUCAGAUAGUUUGUGGUCCAUUAUGCACCUCGAAUCCAUUAACAACGGUCGAAUGGUACCUUGUGUUUACUUCUCUAUGCAUCGUUCUGUCUCAGCUUCCGAAUCUCAAUUCUAUUGCGGGACUCUCCUUAAUAGGAGCAGUGACUGCAAUAACUUACUCUACAAUGGUUUGGGUUCUCUCUGUGAGCCAACAAAGACCAGCUACUAUCUCGUACGAGCCACUUUCUAUGCCUUCGGUUUCUGGUUCGCUCUUUUCGGUCUUGAAUGCUCUUGGUAUUGUAGCUUUUGCUUUCAGAGGUCACAACUUGGUUUUGGAGAUUCAGUCGACGAUGCCAUCUACGUUUAAGCACCCUGCUCAUGUACCAAUGUGGAGAGGAGCUAAAGUUGCUUACUUCUUCAUUGCCCUGUGCAUCUUCCCAAUCUCUAUUGGAGGCUUUUGGGCUUAUGGGAACCUUAUGCCUUCAGGAGGUAUGCUCGCAGCAUUAUAUGCAUUCCACAUUCACGACAUUCCAAGAGGUUUAUUAGCGACAGCAUUUCUCCUAGUGGUCUUCAACUGCUUGAGCAGCUUUCAGAUAUACUCAAUGCCAGCCUUCGACAGCUUUGAGGCUGGCUACACAAGCAGAACCAACAAGCCAUGUUCGAUAUGGGUCAGAUCCGGUUUCCGGGUCUUUUUCGGUUUUGUCUCGUUUUUCAUCGGUGUUGCUCUCCCUUUCCUGUCUAGCCUCGCGGGUUUGCUCGGUGGUCUCACGCUCCCGGUCACCUUUGCUUAUCCUUGCUUCAUGUGGGUCUUAAUCAAGAAACCGGCGAAAUAUAGUUUCAAUUGGUAUUUCCAUUGGGGAUUGGGUUGGUUGGGAGUUGCUUUCAGCUUGGCGUUCUCCAUAGGUGGGAUUUGGAGUAUGGUUACUCAAGGGCUUAAGCUCAAGUUCUUUAGUCCUAACUAA